AUAAUCAAUUCUUAGGGAAGCAAAUAUUUAAUUUGUUAAAUAUAAAAUUACACCUCAACGUGCAAAUAGCAUACAGCAUUGUAAAAUUCCGAGCCAAGCGUUUCCAGAUUCGCUGUUAUAUUCACUAGACUCUUUUAAGCAAAUUACAGAGCAAUCGUCACACAAAGCCCAUCUUGACCCCGCCGAUAACAGCAGUCAACGUGAUGUGCUUGCAUAUUGAAUUAUAAUUUGCGAAACAGUUUAGUCGUACUCGGCCAGUGGCACGUUACGAAAGUCUCGUACGGAGAAGAGACAAUUUACCAUAAUGAAGGCAAGGAAUAUAGUUUGGUUACAAAAUGCUUUGUUACUCCAGGCGCUAUUUUUAUCAGCGUCUGUGCGUGCAUAUUCUGCUGGCUCAGAGGGCUCUUGUAGUAGCAAUUCAGUGAAAUCUGAUGCGCGUGCAUUUUUCGAGCGUGAAAAUGAACUACUACGCCAACGUCGUCGUAAUGAGUUUCUCACCUCGUAUGUAUAUAACACAAAUGUCACCGAGGAAAAUCGCAAAGCUAUGAUUGCGGUGGCUACAACAAAUGCAGCCGCAAACAAGGAGAUGACACGUAAUGUAAUUGCAUCGGGAUAUAUUGACUCAACCGAUGAGGAUAUUAAGCGCCAAGCAACUAUACUUGGAGAUUUGGGUAUAGAUGUGCUACCCGAAAGUGAUUAUAAGGAGUUACUCAAUGCAGUAAGCUUAAUGCAGUCAAACUAUGCUACUACAACUGUUUGCCCAUACAACAAGGAGGGGGAUUGUACGCUGCAAUUGGAGCCACAUGUACAGGAACGUCUUUCGAAUAGUCGGGAUCCAAAAGAGUUGAAGCAUUACUGGCGUCAAUGGUAUGACAAAGCAGGCACACCGAUGCGAGAGAAUUUCAAAAAAUAUAUUGAGUUGACCCGCAAGGCAGCGCGUCUAAAUGGUUAUUCGUCAUAUGCUGAUUACUGGAUUCAUUUCUAUGAAGACCCCGAUUUCGAAUCAAACCUGGAUAAGGUGUAUAAAGCUAUAUUGCCAUUCUAUCGUGAAAUACACGGUUAUGUUCGUUAUCGACUCCGAGCGUAUUAUGGUGACGAAAUUGUGUCUGAGAAUGGAAACAUUCCAAUGCAUUUGUUGGGCAACAUGUGGGCCCAACAAUGGGACAAUGCAUUGCCACUUUUCACUCCUUUUCCAGAAAAGCCGUUUUUGGACGUGACCAGCGAAAUGCAGCGUCAAAACUUCACAGUACGCAAACUCUUCGAGUUAGGUGAUCAAUUUUUCAAAUCACUCGGCAUGCGUGCGCUACCGCCAAGCUUUUGGGACUUAAGCGUGCUAACGCGGCCAGCAGACAGAGAAAUAGUUUGUCAUGCUUCUGCCUGGGAUUUGUACCAGGACAGUGAUGUGCGCAUUAAAAUGUGCACUGACGUCGAUACUCACUAUCUGUAUGUUGUACAUCACGAACUUGGCCACAUACAGUACUACUUACAAUAUGAAAAUCAACCGACAGUUUAUCGCUCAGCGCCAAAUCCCGGUUUCCAUGAGGCUGUCGGCGAUGUUAUUGCGCUUUCGGUCUCUACGCCCAAGCACCUUCAAGCCAUCGGUCUCUCAAACGUGGCCAAAUUGGAUGAUGAAAGUCGCAUCAAUGAACUGUUUAAGAAUGCGCUCAAAAAAAUCGUGUUCUUGCCUUUUGCCUACACUAUGGAUAAAUACCGUUAUGCUGUGUUUCGCGGCGAGGUGGAAGAAUCGAAAUGGAAUUGUGCCUUCUGGCAAAUGCGUUCAGAGUUUUCCGGCGUCGAGCCACCCGUACGUCGCACAGACCAAGAUUUCGAUCCACCUGCAAAAUAUCACAUUGACGCUGAUGUCGAGUACUUGCGUUACUUUGCAGCCCAUAUCUUCCAAUUUCAGUUCCUUAAAGCUAUGUGCACCAAAGCUGGUCAAUAUGUGCCGGGUGACCCAGAAAAAACUUUAGACAAUUGCGAUAUUUACAACAACAAGGAAGCUGGUGAAGCAUUUAGCAAGUUUCUUACAUUGGGCGCGUCGGUGCAUUGGAAAAAGGCGCUAAAGGAGUUCACAGGUGAAACUGAAAUGGAUCCAUCCGCGCUGCUGGAGUACUUUGAACCACUCAGCAAAUGGCUGCAAGCAGAAAAUGAACGCUUGAAAGUGCCACUCGGUUGGGGCGACACUGAUAAAGUUGCAGGUGACUGCUGUCCAGCAUUUAGCACCUAACAUUUAACGAAAGUCAGCGUUGAAGAGAAUUGUAAAAAGGCCAACGUUUGCUUAUGACAAAUACGAUCUCGUUUUGCUUACGAAGUAAGACCGUAGAGAGCCUUCAUCGCAUACAACACAAACAUUUUUGAAUGAAAUCAAAAUAUUUUUUAAACAAUUUACAAUUUGAUACAAAUUUGCCAGUGUUUUAUAAUCUUCAUCGCAUACAACACAAACAUUUUUGAAUGAAAUCAAAAUAUUUUUUAAACAAUUUACAAUUUGAUACAAAUUUGCCAGUGUUUUAUAAUCUUAAAAAGCUGUAUAAACAUUAAACAAAACAAUUCAACCUUAAUCUCAUAAGGAAGUCUUAAUAAAGCUGUUUGUUUGCAUUGUAUUUGACACAAUUAUUAUUUUUUAAGCUAAUACGAGAAAGAACAUUGUUUCAAACAAUUAAAAAAAAAUUAAAAUUAGUUUAAAAAGUUUUAAAAAUAUUUUAGAAAAUCUUAAUUAUAGUUUAAAAAUGUUUUAAAAUUUACACCACAUUUGUUGUACUGGAUUAUGUGAUCUACUGGCUUUCAAUUACAAGAUUGUGCUUUGUCUGUGGCUACUGAUGUCAAUAUAAGUACCUCAAAAUGCAGUUAACAACCCUCAGUUUACAUAUUUCAGAACAAAUUACUUUCCUCAAAUUCCAUCCAUAAGAAAAAACUGUGUAAGCUAAUAUUUACUUGACAAAAUCUGGCGUUCACACUCAACGUAAAAAUUGUUUUGUGUUAAAUAAAGAACAAAUAAAAGUACAUAUGUAUAUAACCACAAA